AGAGAAAGAAGAAAGAAAGGAGAAGAAAAACUUGGGAGAGUUGCGGCGCGUCCCGAACAGCCAGCGGCGGAACAUCCAGUUUUGCUCCUAUUGAUUUGAAAGAUGAGCUUGCUGUCUGCCAUAGACACGAGCGCCUCCGUGUACCAGCCCGCGCAGCUUCUCAACUGGGUCUACCUCUCCCUGCAGGACCCCCACCAGACCAGCGCCUUUGACGCCUUCAGACCCGAACCCAACUCUUCCCACACGGAGCUCAGCUUCAGCAAGACUCCCGCGGCGGCCGACCUGAGCUCGUCCCUCAACUCCAACUAUCUCAACAACUUCUUCCAGCUGCAGCGCAACGAGGCCUUAAACAACAACGUGUAUAAGAAUGUAUCCCCCUACGGGUCCCUGAACAACAUCGUGGAUGGACUCAACUCCCUUACGGACCAUUUCUCCGACCUCUCCCUUUCUUCGGAGCCCAGGAAACCCAACAAAAGACCCCCGCCCAACUACCUGUGCCACCUGUGCUUCAACAAGGGCCAUUACAUCAAGGACUGUCCCCAGGCCAGACCCAAAGGGGAAGGACUGACACCCUACCAGGGGAAGAAAAGAUGCUUCGGCGAGUACAAGUGCCCCAAGUGUAAGAGGAAGUGGAUGAGCGGCAACUCCUGGGCCAACAUGGGGCAGGAAUGCAUUAAAUGCCACAUCAAUGUCUAUCCACACAAACAGCGACCUUUGGAGAAGCCGGACGGCCUGGAUGUGUCUGACCAGAGUAAGGAGCACCCGCAACACCUGUGUGAGAAAUGCAAAGUCCUGGGCUACUACUGCCGCCGCGUGCAAUAAUCAUCUCCACCCAGAGGGAAAGAACUUUGGCGUCACAACAAGUCCCGUUGUCUGUCUGUCGGCAUGCAGCUCUGCCCCUCUUGUCCACUCUGUGCUUUAAUGGUAGCUCCAAUCCUCUCUUUUUAUUUUUGUUUCUGUUUCCUUCCCUCUAUAAGAUCAGGAUCAGUCAUCUUACGCGCAUUUCAAAUAUCGAAACACCAUAUUCUAGAAACAGAAUUACUCCAAGUGUAUAUUUAACUGCAGCCAAUUAAUGUAUUGAUGAGUAACACCAAGCAUGUAUCGUCUUGGUGUCUCUGACGAUAUGUUCAGGGUCAAUGCCUCACCUCGGGGGUUUGUUGGCUUUGUGUUUACAGAGAUCUGCUUCCCUUUUUCCUGCCGAGUGAAGUAUGCGAUGUGAUGAACAUUUUUAGUCGGGAGGCGGGGAGGGGUGGGGGCCUUCUAGCGAUGGUAAAAUGUAAAAAAAACAAAACAAAAAAAGGCCUUUAAAUCCGUUAUAGGGGUCAGCAGCACAUCUUACUAACUGUGAAUUAACUGAGGGAUAAAGUGCCAUACAUCCCAAGCUUACAUUUCACAUAUUUAUUUCCUUUUCUUGUAGAGUGCAAUUUGAAUUUUAACUGGGACAUAUAGGAUAUUUUUUAUUUCUAUUGUUGUGUAUCACAUCGUGUUACUGAGUCCGUGUGUAUUUAGGAACUACUGUAGGUUCAGUCAUAUAGCGUUGCUCCGCAGACGCGUUUUUGUAAAAAAAAAAAAAAAAUGUUGAUAGAAGCGGUUUCACCGAAUUUUCUCAGCUUCGAUAUCGGUGUUCAGCAGAAACAGAUGCUGGACGAAUCAAACGCAGGAUCAAUAUGUAGGACAACAGGUUUCAGUCCGAUCACCAGCUUGUCAAAAUUUAAACAGUAUUUUUCAUAGCAAUGACGUUCUUGGAAUAUUUUGAAUAUAUAUAUCACUUAGAGGUUGAACUGUUACAUUAGGGUUUACAACUAGCCAGUAAUUAAAAAUCAAUUUUAGUUAUAUCUGGCAGAUUUUUUGAUUUUCCUUCAUGUCCAGUAGCUAACAGCUGAAUAGGGAGUCUGGGGUUAAAAGGUAUAGUUCAGGAUUCAUGAAGAGAGGUUCUGUUAAAAGGUUAUAAAUAGCAAACAUCUUGCCUUAAAUAACUGCCGUGGUGUUUUUUUUUUUUUUAUAUAUAUUGGCAGAAUUGAAUUUGAAGUCCUGUUUGUGAAAGGCGAAGCUGAUAAUUGUGUACGGCAUGCUGAAAGUGAUGUAACACAGUCAUUUUUUUCAGUGCCUUCUAUCAUAAGCUUUGUAACUUAAGGAGGUAUUCCUAAACCGUAGGCCUGAAGCAAUACCGUGGAAAUUUUACUUUAGUUUCCAGUGAUUCAAAUCUGCCUUUCAAGGAUUGUUUUCCGCAGGAGAUGCGACCCGUUAUGCGUACUGUAUUUGGAGCCUUCCGAAAGUCGGUUGAGUAUAUAUUUUUAUAGCGCAACAUGUAAGUGCCUUCAAGAGAUUUGGAGACUGUAAGGGUAAGUGUCGUGGGCUCAGAGGUGGAGCAGCGUAUGUGCUAACCGAUGAUCAGAGAGUCUUGAUGGAGGUUCAAGAUGGGACAAAGGAUGAGAAAAAGAUUAAAGCCCCUCUAUUAGCGGUUAAACUGGCAUGGCGGGUAUUCGCCUCGGAGCAGUUUGCUGGACCAGCGUUUCCAGCUGGCAAUAACAAUCCCACUGCGGUCUGUUGUCAUGGAGUAUCAACAUCGAUGUUAUUCCUCCUUUGGAUCCUCACAACAGAACGAAACGCUUAUGAAACGUUGGACCUCACGCUGUGUUUUGUUUUUCCUUAUAAUCUAUUGUGGUUGUGUUUAUCCAAGAAAAUGUUGGUUUUGACAAAAAAAACAAAAAAACGUACACAGUUGCUUGCAGCAUUUGGAGUCAUGUUGGAACAUUGCUGUGUGUGGAAAUGUAACUAAAUGCCAACUGUUCAGUUAAAAGGGCGCUCCGGGGAUUCAGUUCUUCAGGUCCACAACGAUGAAAGGCGUAAUACAAACAAAAGCAAACGUCUUACUCACUUUAAGUCACUUGAAGUAAACUCAAAAUCCCACUAAUCUGUUUUCCAUAUGGUCCCCAUAACAUAAUCUUCUAUAAACUACCCUGCCUGUUAUAAGAUGACAUCAUACCUGGUAUUAAAUAGUGUUUUUUUGGGGGGAUGAUUAAACCACAUAUGCUGAGCUCAAAGUACACCGACUCGUGCCUGGGAUUAAAAUGUGAUGUAAUCCGACUUCCAUGCUAUAUAAAAGUUUACAGGAUAUUUGUUUGCAAAAACCAGGUGUCACUUUUUUUUUUCUUUUUUUUACCAGCUAUGGGGUUUAGUGCACUUUUCAUUCCUCGACUGCUCGUAAUGAAGUGCUUAUGCAAGUAGUUGGCACCUGAAUGUGGCACAGAACCUGUUGCCUAUUGGGAGCAAAAGGCAUUUGGCCAAAUGUGUUUACAGAGAGACCACCCGUAAAAGUGCAGUUAACAAUAGGAUCUCGUUGCAUUCACGCGACAGGUGUAAAGAUCACUAGUGAUUGGAUUUCCAGGUGGCGUCAAUGGUAGACCCGCACCGAUCAGAGAUCUCCGCCCUGCCCAUUCGGUCUCCCUUUUAGGGGCUACAAUAUACAAAAUAAAAAGUGUUGGGUUUUUUUUCAACCAUCUUAACAAUAAAAUAUAAAACUAAAUCAUUUUCUAAAAAAAAAAAAAACUUUAAAGAACUAAAUCUCUCUGCAUCAGUAAAAAGCUACAAAAACAGCAGAGUUCCAGUAGUUAUAGGACCUUAUUAUCAUUACACCCAGAAAUGUAAAUAUAAUUUUUCAGUCUGCAAAAUUAUUUCAAAAUUACUAGCAGAUGUGUCCAAUUUGAGAUUGGAGAGGAAAAAGCUUGGGUUUAUGGUUAUUUCAUGUUUGAUUGUUAAAUAACUCGUUCAAAUACAGGACUAGAGGGGGCGCCCCGCUGUGGGAGAAACAGCAGCUGGUGUUUACACAGCUCUACAGUUAAACUGGGUCUCACUAGUCCACAAAACAACAUUUUCAGUCUUUAGCAUCUUAUAUUAGUGUUUGGCACAAUUAACACGGUCAACUUUUCUAACUGUAAACAUCAGUCUCUGUGUGAUUUCCAACCUUACCUACUCCUGCAUGUUUUGUAACGGACAAACUCAUCAAAUGAAGAAAAAACAAAACAGUAAAGGAGCUUUGAUGCAAUAUGUUUGACUUGCUGUUAAUCUGCUGAACUCUCAUUACCUGUGUAAAAGCAGCAGCCUGGCCACCAUGCAUCUGUAGAAAACAGUUUACUUUCUAGGAGCUUCUCACACUGUUUGCGCUCCGUCUGACUUCACCUUUCAUCACCUCAUCAAGCCGCGUCGAGACCGAAAACAGCCGAGUCGUCUUUCCUCGGUAACAACCUCAACACUGAAGAGUGUUAGUGCAACCUGUUGAAUCAGGUACUGCACGUUCCCAGAUGGAGGGAAAAAAGAUCUGAUUUUUUCAUUUUUAGGCGUAAAAUUGUUCAAUUCAAGACCAAUCUUGACGCUUCUAUAUUCAGUGGGUUUGAGACCACAAAAGUCCUGCUUGGAAGGUUUUCGGUUUGCAUCACCAAGCUUAAAGUGAGAUCCCGCGUGACUUAUCAUUAAGACGCUACUGAGGUCACUUUUCUCGGGCUUGAUCAAGCUCAUCUGUCAGGUAGAGUGCCCCUUUUAACAGAAGAUUUGGCAUUUAAAAAAUAUAUAUUAUCCCAGACUCCUAACAGCCGUCCAUUAUUGGGAACAAUCCAUUUGUCUUAAUGUUGAUGCGUUGCUUCUGCUUUGCUCAGUGACACUAACCGGUUUGCCAGACUUAACGCCAUCGAUGCCUUAUAAAUUAACCUCAUGAGCAACAGUGUUAUUAUGGAAGAAGAUAAAUAAAGAUCCUGUCUAAAAGUUUGAUUCCCACCCGGAAACGCGGCAUAGGGGCGCCUUUAUAAACGGCAUCUCUGGAAGCAGACGAUGGAAAACAUUAAAAAAGGAGAGAAUGAACUUGUAGACAUAAAUAUCUUGAAUUUUCUAGUACAUUUGCAGAUCAGAAUGAUUUUUUUUCCUCCUAUGAAUAAGAUGUGUAUUUUGGAAACAUUUACUAGAUGUUGAAAUUUCUAAAGCAAUCUGCAACCUGUUUCCUUGACUAAGAUGUUUUUAUGUAUAUAUUUGACGGCCACGAGUUGCGAUGUCUAGCGAUAUAUAGCUUUUUCUGUUUGUUCGUGUCUAUAAAGAAGGGCCUAUUGCUGAGAAAUAAUCAAAGCUGGGGAAUUGUUUUUUUGUUUUAUUUUACAUCGAUCUGGAGGGAUAUCCUGCAGAAAUAUUUAUGGAAAGACUUUUUACAACACUUUUUGUAUAGAAUAUGCAACAAAGCUAUACUGAGAAGGAAAUAUUGAUGCUUACAUAGAAUAUUAUUAGAGAAAAAGCUGGUACAUAAUUAAUGCCCGUUCUCCCUUAUAAGCCAUUGUAUUUUUCAUGUGUCAGCAGUGUUAAAUAACCCCCGUGGCUAUGCGACUAACCAUCCUUUAAGGCGUAUGUAUCCUUUUUUUGUAAACACUAAUAUGCAGAUUUGUUGUGUUAACAUGCAGAAAUACUUCUUUUUUUUUUUGUUUUGUUUCUUACCUAGUGAUGGAUAUUCACCACUGUAUAAGCACAUGAAACUGUGAGAUGUAGUUUGCUUAAAGCAGCGACGACAGGAAACUGUUAUAAACCAUGUUUAUUCGUAGUUUAGGACGUGUUUAUGCUUUUGUCAGGAAAGUGUGUUUGACAAAGAACUGUCCGAGUUUGCAUGUGCAUGUGUUUGGAUUUGAAUAAAAUAUUACUUUUUGUGCAAUUUACACGUAUUUAAAUCCUCUACCGUAGCUUAAGGUUAGCAGCAACGUUAGUCCUGAAGUAUUUCAUUUACCACAAGUGUAGCCUCUAUGAUUAACACAUAUUUACUGAAUGUGAUGUGUUAACGCUUAACGCGGUCGAGUUGGAAGGUUUUGUGUGUGCGCGUGAGAUGUUUGCAAUGCAAUGUUGCAAUAAUGUAAUGUUUGAAUUGGAAGGAACGCAGGCGCAAGGUGAAUGUUUUUAUUUUUUUGGUGUUUUUUGUUUUUUUGGGAGACAAAGACAGGAGAGGUCCGGCGCGUCGGCCACAGGUCUGUCUUUCACGUCCAUGAAACGGCAUUCCAAAAUGUGCCUUAUUUGAUAGAUGGGAAAACAUUUUAGUGCUUUGGAGCUGUUGAGAGCUUGGUGAAUUAAAGUCAAAUUUAUAACUGAUCAAA